AUGAUAAGAGUGGCUAGCACAAUAAAAAUACUACGUAGCAUCAAUACAAAUCAUAAAAUGAUCACUGGUGGCAUUAAAGCUUAUGAGCUCAAAGAAGAAAAGUUUGAUGUAACAGAGCAUGAUAUUGAAUCGGUAGCAGAUUCUAAUAAAAGCUCUAAAUUGGGAUCCGGCUUUUUGAAAGUCAAAGAAAUGGAAAUUAUGAGCUCAACGUGCUCAGGAAAAUCGGCAAGAGCCGCUCUUCUUGCAUCUGCUUUUCUUUGUGGGUUUGGGUACUACCUGGAUUACAUUACACGGUCUGUGUAUACGGGAUAUGCUACUAGCUCAUACAAUGAGCACGCACUCCUUUCAACCAUCCAGGUUAUUAAUAGCGUAAUCAGCAUCGCAGCUCAAAUUAUAUUUGCACAGCUCUCUGAUAUUUUCGGUAGACUUCAAUUGUUUUUGGUGGGUACAGUUCUGUACAUUGUUGGUACUAUUAUUCAGUGCGAAGCUCGUGAUAUAAGGACUUAUGCAGUAGGUGCGGCAUUUUACAACUCAGGCUAUGUUGGGGUGUCCAUUCUACUAAUAAUAGUAUUAUCUGAUCUGUCGCCAUCCAAGUGGAGGUUACUCUUUCAAUUUGCUACAUCCUGGCCCUGCAUUAUAAUAUGCUGGAUAUCUGGAGACAUCGUACAGUCCGCUAAUCCCGCGAAGAACUGGCGAUUUGAUAUAGGAAUGUGGGCUUUUUUGUUUCCCAUAUCAGCCUUACCUUUUAUUAUUUUCCUGCUCUAUUUCACCCGCCAAGCAUCGAAAACAGCAGAAUGGAAAGAAAUUCAAGGCGAUAAUAAAGAACCAAGCGUACGCAUUGUGUAUUGGAUAAAGAGCAUUUAUUCUAAUAUCGAUGUUGUUGGGACAUCCCUUGUCACUGUCUCUCUGGGGUGUAUACUAGUUCCACUCACGCUGGCGGGCGGGAUUUCCGAUGACUGGAAUAAACCUGGAAUUAUUGCAACAAUUGUCGUUGGUUUCGUUUCAUUUAUGUUUUUUUUGGCUUGGGAUAUAAAGUUUGCCAAGAAUGCAGUACUUCCUUUCAAGUUAUUGAAAGACCGGGGAGUUUGGGCUUCGUUGGCAGCAGCGCUAUUGGAGAAACUGAUUUAUGCUACAAUUUCCGAUUAUUUGUACCCUGUGUUGUUAGUUUCUGUUAAUGAAUCCAGCAAGUCGGCCACAAGGAUUUUAUGGCUUCCAACCUUUGUUGCAUGCACAGGUUCUAUUUUCUUUGGCUUACUAGUAGUCCGCACAAAACGACUAAAGAUCUACUCUAUAAUUGGGGUAUGCCUCUGGAUACUUUCCAUUGGGCUUUUUUACCAUUACAGGGGUGGAGCCAGUUCGCAUAGUGGUAUUAUUGGCGCUUCUGUUGUUUUGGGGACUGGCAGUGCAAUUUUUACCCAGUCUUUAAUUGUGAAUCUUCAAACUAUGACCUCUCACAAAAACAUGGCUAGUAUUACCGGUCUUUAUUUCAUGUUUGCUCAAAUUGGCAGUGCUUCUGGAGCCUCUAUAUCCGGAGCAAUUUGGACGCAGACAAUGUACAAGCAACUUUACAAGCGGCUCGAAGACAGCAGCCUUGCGGCGACCGCGUUCUCUUCUCCGUACGAAUUCAUAGAACUGUAUCCUUGGGGGACACCUGAAAGGACCCAAAUGAUCUAUGCUUACCGGGAAGUUCAAAAGAAAACAAUGCUUGUAAGCCUCGUCUUGACUGGUCCUUUGUUUCUGUUGAUUCUGUUUACAAAGGAUAGAAAACUGGGUGACAAUGUCACUGCAGAAACAACUCAAUCAGACGAAGAUCCCAUGCUGACAUGGAUUCUCAAAAGGUUCAAUAAAAUAAAAGCUGGUUGGAAGCAGAAGUCUCAAUCUUAG